CUUGUUUAUUUAUGAAAUGAUCCGAUUUCCGAAUUGGGUCUGAAAUCUGAAUCUCUGGAUCAUUUAAUUGAACAUUAUUAUUUUAGAAAAAUAUACUAAAAUGAUCAUUUAAAUAUACUUAAUUCUUACACGUUUAAAUUUUUUAAGUAUUAUCAUGAAUAAUAUAAAAACCUUAAAAGUUCUGAGAAGUAUUCUUUUCAAAGAGAAAUCUUUGAAAUGUAAGAAUAUAACACAUAGAUAUCAAUCAUCUAUAGAUGCUCCACCAAGUUCCUCUAGAGAGAUAGCACAACUUACAAUACCUAAGGGCAUAUUGGGUCAGCCAACAUGCCACACACAUCCACAUUUAAUUCAACAGGGACAAUUAACUUGUGGAAUUACUCAGCAGGAAUAUAAGGAAAGGAGGGAAACUUUAGUAAGAAAAUUGUUAGCAGAGGUGGAAAAUGUGCAUAAAACUCAUCUUAUUGUCAUACCAGCAGCAAAAAAACAGUAUAUGUCAGAUAAAAUACCAUAUGUGUUUCGACAAAAUUCCGAUUUCUUUUAUUUAACUGGGUGUUUGGAACCAUCAGCUAUCCUUGUCAUCACGAAGCCUGCAUUUAAUGAUGAUUUCAAGACCAUAUUGUUUGUUCAUGACAAGGACAGUCAUGCAGAACUAUGGGAGGGUCCCCGCACUGGCUGUGUAGCGUCAACAACACUGUUCUCUGUUGACGAAUGUCUUCCAGUUGAAAAGUUUCAUGAUUAUAUUAAUAAAUUAACUUCAAUAUCUAAACCAUCGGUGAUGUGGUACCACAAUGACAAUCCAACCAAUCCUGACAUCCAUAAUAGUGUCCACACGGCUUUCCGGCAAGGGCAAGGUGUAAUGGAAGAUCCCCAGCGAGCUUUACACCAGAUGAGAGUUAUAAAGUCCCCAGCUGAGAUUGAGCUGAUGAAGGAAACAUGCUAUGUUGGAUGUCAGUCUGUUAAUAUGGCGAUGGCGUGUACAAAACCUGGGGUAUCCGAGCACGCUGUGGCGUCCGUGUUUGAGUACACUUGCCGAAUGGCGGGCGCAGAACACGGCGCGUUCCCGCCCGUAGUGGCGGGCGGACCUCGUGCCACGCACAUACACUAUGUGGCGAACAACCAGCUACUGGACCACGGAGACAUGCUGCUCAUGGACGCAGGCAGUCAACGUUGGAUGUACAACUCGGAUAUAUCUCGGACGUGGCCCGUCUCCGGAAAGUUUUCCAAGCACCAAAGAAUACUGUAUGAACUCGUACUGUCGGUUCAGAAACGUCUCAUCGAAUUGAUGGGUGAACAGAGGCCCGCUUUGGACCAACUGUUUGAUCAAAUGUGCCGACUGCUCGGUACAGCGCUGCAGCAAGAAGGCAUCCUACCAAAGAACAUUGACUCUAAUGAACUAAUCGGGCGCGCGUACCGACUGUGCCCGCACCACGUGUCGCACUACCUGGGGCUGGACGUGCACGACGCGCCGCUUGUAAGACGUCGCGUUCCUGUCGCGGAUAACAUGGUGGUCACCGUCGAGCCAGGUAUUUACAUAAGACCGGAUGACCAGUCCGUGCCCCCCGAGUUCCGCGGGCUCGGCAUCAGAAUUGAAGAUGAUGUGCUAAUCACCAGCUCAGGACCAGUCGUGCUUACCAACACCUGUGUCAAAGAAGUUGACGACAUCGAAGCAAUUGUCGGCAAACAAAACAUUUGAGUUUGCAGACCAUUGUGAAAGAUUAAUUAUUCCUGUGUUAUUAUAAAAAAGUUGAACAUACUCUGUGUUUAUUGAAGUAGUCGUUAAUAUGCCGAAAUCCAUAAUUAUAGAUACAAAUUAUUUGAGUUUUAUUUAGUGUUAAUUCCGCCGUCUUCAAACAAUUCGACACGUGUUUCGCCUCUACACGAGGCAUCCUCAGGACGUGUUGUCUCGCCUAAAUCUAAAUUAGACACUAAAGAAAACUCAAAUCAUUUGUAUACUCUGUGUUAUUCAUAAACGCGAAGUAAAGUUAUUCCAAAUUUAAAACUUAUUCGGCAUUACAAAUAAACUUGGUAUAAAUAUUUAAAAAAAUAAAUAAAUAAAAACAAUUAAAAACCUUAUACCUGAGAAUAUACCAAGAAUAUGCGAAAUGUUGACUACAAAUAUCGCUGACAACACAGUCAAUACAAUGAUCAUUCUGAAGGUUUCCGAAUGUCAAGCAGCCUUGCAAAUAAACGCGGGAAACGUUAUACGUCAAAAUACAACAAUAAUAGGCUAAAUGUCUAUUUGUAAACAUUUUGCAUAAUCUUGGUUUUUGGCUUUAUACCUACCAAGUUUAUUUUUAAGGCCUUUACCAUACCUUUGUCAUAGCUAUAAUAUUAAGACGGGUUGCAUGGUAUCUAUUAUACAAACAAUAACAAUAUUUUUGACUCGAAAUAUUCAGUCAUAUUUAUACAAUGACGUUCUAUACAUAUGGACAUAUCAUCCAGUCACAGUAAGCUCAUCUCCUUAGUCGUGUGUCAACUGUGUGUCAAUCAACAAGUGUGCUAUAAAAAGUGCUUAAAUAACACAUUAAGGACUCAUAAAGAAGAUGGUGUGACUUAUCACCGGUAAGGUUAUUUUAUUUAUAUAAGAUCGAUAUGCAAAAAGCGAAAGUUAUUGAAGUUAGACUUCUUUUGGCGCGAUGGAGAAAAAUGAUGAGAGUGACUUUUCACAUCGACACCUGAAUUCUACAUUGUGAAGUUAGUUCUAGGUGGCAUGAAAAUCGAUAACUAUGUUCAAGUUGUAUAUUCUAGUAUUUUUAUAUUUAGAACGUUAUGUAUAAUUUAUUUAUAUCGUUAAUUAAAAAUUAUUACAAAAUAUUUUUUUUAAUAAAACGAAUAUUUUUUCAUUAAAUAUGGUACAAUAUGAUUGACAAGUCCCCACACAAGACCCGCUUGUCAGAAUGGGACAUGAAAAGACACAGUCAGAAAUGAAAACAAAAGAGUCGCUCUUUUUAACCGACAUCAAAAAAGGAGGAGGUUUCAAUUGGUCGAAAUGAUUUUUCUCUAUGUUUGUUACAUCAGAACUUUCGUCUGGGUGAACCGAUUUGGCAAUGGCAACCAUGAGAGAACCAUAAAAGUCUUAAUUUUGUUAUAAGUAUGUGCGCAACAAAUUAACGAAUAACUCAGUAUCGUGCCAGCCGAUUUCGAUUAUAUUCUUUUUUUAUUGGAAAGGAUAAAAUGGAAUGGAAAGGAUAAAGGAUAACUGUAGUGAAAUAAAAGAUAUAUUUAUUCAACAGAAAAAAUGUAUCAGAAUUUUAGAAAAUAUUCAGCAGAUGGAUUCAUGUAGACCAUAUUUUAUUAAACACAAAAUUUUAACCCUUACUUCAAUUUACAUCCUAGAAGCAUGUAAAUUUGUUAAAAAACAUUCGGACUUAUACUCAACACUACCAAAUAACAAGCGAAAUAAUAGAAAUUUAAACAAAUUAAAAAUUCCCCAAACAAGUAUGUCAUUAGUGUCAUCGAGCCCUCACCACAUGGCAAUAAAAAUUUAUAAUCACAUCCCAAACGAAAUUAAAAAUAAAGAGAAGCCUUCUCUAUUUAAAAGACAUCUUAAAAAUUUUUUAGUUUCAAAAUGCUUCUACGAUUUACCUGAAUUUUUUAAUUACAAGUGUGAGAAUUAGUUACAAUAUAGUAUAAGAAUGUAAAAAAUGUAUAAGACUUAUUUAUUUUAUGUAUAACGUUGCUGUGCCCUUGCAGGGCGUCACAUAUUGUCUACCCAUUAAUGUACCAACCAUCCUACUGUAAAAUGUGACUUGCAAUAAAAUAUUUUAAUUUGA